AGUGGUGCUCUCUCUCUCUCUCUCUCUCUCUCUCACCAAAAGCGUGUCACCUCUUCUUCUUCUGCUUCAUCACUUUACCAAAAUCGCAUCGAUUCUUAGGGUUUCUCGAAUCUGUCUUUUGAAUCGUAUCUCCGAUCCUGAUUUUUUGGAUACUACUAACGAGCUCGAAUCCUCAUAUACUAAAAGACUAUGGAAGUGUUAUCACUGGAGUCACUACCGGUGGGAUUCAGAUUCAGUCCGACGGACGAGGAGUUAGUCCGUUACUAUCUCCGUCAAAAGAUCAACGGCCGUGACGACGAAGUCAGAGUCAUCCGUGAAGUCGAUAUCUGCAAGUACGAGCCAUGGGAUCUACCUGAUCUUUCUGUGGUGAGGACAACGGACUCGGAGUGGCUCUUCUUCUGUCCGUUGGACAGGAAGUAUCCAAGUGGAAGUAGGAUGAAUCGCGCCACUGUUGCUGGAUACUGGAAGGCCACUGGGAAAGACCGCAAGGUCAAGUCAGGGAGCGUUAAGAUCAUAGGUGUUAAGAGGACUCUAGUCUUCUACACCGGACGUGCUCCUAAGGGGACACGAACUUGUUGGAUUAUGCAUGAGUAUCGCGCCACCGAGAAGGAUCUCGAUGGAACCAAGCCUGGCCAGAGCCCGUUUGUCGUAUGCAAGUUGUUUAAGAAGGAAGAUGUUGUGAGUGAAGCAUCACCGGAAUGUGGAGUUGUCGAACCAGCUGUCUCGUCUCCAACUGUUGUGGACGAGAUGAGGUCUGAGGUUGAGCUGUCUGAAGUGUCUCUGGCUUUCCCUACAAAAGAAGAACCAAAGCAUUCUGAUGUUGCGGAAUCUUCUCUUGUAGUCUCGGGAGAGUGUCAAAGUGAUAUAUCUGCCCCUGAGGUUACAACAACUGAGCUUGACCAUAUCGAUUGGAGCUCGUAUCUGGAGUUCGAGUCCCUGGAUCAAGCCAUGUUCUCUCCCUUGCACUCUCAGGUGCAAUCCGAGCUCGGAUCCGCUUUCGGUGGUUUUGGUUAUGGAUCAAACGAACCGUUCAGAAACCAGAAUGGCGCUCACAUUCAGACACAGUACGGUUCAAACGACCCCGACCAAUAUAUGUUCGACCUCUUGGAUUCGACUUUCCAGAUUCCUUAUGAGUUACCAGAGAUGAAACAUCUAGCGCAACCGAUGCCAGAACAGAUUAUAUAUGAGCCACAGAGUCUUGUCAACACGAGUAACAAGAUCAAUAACGAUGCAUCUGAAACAGGAAUCAAGAUAAGGACAAGAAGGGCACAAGCCCCACCUUGUGCUGAACAGUUUGUAAUGCAGGGCAGUGCCUCAAGAAGGCUGCGUCUUCAGGUUAACCAUAACAGUUCCAAACCAGAAGCUGAUAGUCCUCAGCUCCAAUGUAUCAAGAAAGAGGUCAAGGACACAACAUGUGGAAGUUUCAUGAGAUCAAAGAGCAGGACUGAGCUCAUAUUCAAGAAUGUCGCAGCUUUGGGAAGUUCAUACAGAGGGAUACUCAAAGCUGGAGUUGUGGCGGUUGUGUUUGCCAUGUCGGUUUGCAGUCUAACCGGUAAAUUUCGUUGAAGCUUUAUGCUUGUUGGUCAAUAGCAAUCAAUCAAAGAAGGAAGUGGUUGAGAGCGCUUGUUUGUGUGUAUGAAAUAGGGGAUUAGCUCUGGUUUACGCUUAACCAUGGUCGGUUUAGUAGGGUAGUAGUUAACUUGUACUAGUUAUAGUUCUGUUUGUAUGUUUUAGAUGUAAGAGAGAAUCUUAAAGCUCGUAGAGUUUUAUCCCCCUGACUAUAUAGGUCAUGAGAUGUCUCCAUCAAUACCAAAUAGUCAUCAUGUUGUAAGAACUUGUAUUUUCUAUUUCUCUUUGAACGCAUGUUGAAUUUUUAAAAGAUUUACGUUGCAUGUUGAAUCA